AUGCUUUUCACCUAUUUGCUUUUAUUUCGUCGCAAUCAAACUCGGAAGCCAAAUCUAACAUCUUUACAGUUGCAAGAUUUUACAUUGGAUGAAUUACGGUUGUACGAUGGGAAUGGGCCCGAAGGUCGGAUAUUGGUUGCUGUGAAUGGGAAAGUCUUCGAUGUUACUAACAACGGACAGCAAUUUUAUGGAAAAAGUACACCCAUCUUCUGGAAAGACAUUUCUAGAGCGCUUGCCUGUUUCGAUGCUGAACUACCCGAGAAAGAUUGCGGCUAUGACGAUCUAUCGGAUUUAUCCCAAUCCGAAAUGGACAGGUUACUAGAAUGGGAGCUACAAUUUCUCGGUUAG